AUUAAUAAUUUUUUUAUUCCAGCAACGUUUGGGGAAUUAAAUCUAGGAAAAGAUUAUUUCGAAGGAGACAUCUUGCUUACUCAACAACAGAUGGACUUUAUACAAGCAUCCAGGAACGAACUUCAGUCAAGAGACCUUCUAAAGGACACAAGAAAAUUGUGGAGUACUGCAAUGGUACCAUAUGUGAUAGCUGAAGACUUAAGUAAGUAACCCUAGUGGGAAUGAAAUAUUAUAAAAAUUAAAGGCUGAUCAUUAUAUUCCACCAUGGCACGACAAGUUUGGCACAGUUUUCUUACAAGGGCACCUUCAACCAGUGUGCAUUGCGAUCGUGCACUUCACCGAAAUCAUUUGCCUCAAAAUACAGAAGUCACGAACGUUCCGAUUGUAUUUGAAAAUCGGAUUGUAUCUUCACAACCUAAGGCAAUAGCAGGCUGUGAUACCCUUUUGGCUUCUUAAAAGAAACAUACAUGCAAUCCUAUUAUCAAACACAGAAAUCACGGUGAUUUCUUUAUUCAGUGAAAUGCGUGACCGCAAUGCACACUGAUUGCAGGUGUCCCUUUAACACAAAGCAGAUGAUGCAAACCUCGCAGGACUGAACGUAUGCCCUGUAGUGAACUGAUCCUUCAAAUUCAAUUCGAAAAAAAACUUAGCGCCAUGUCUAAUGAAGGCGCACGACUCCUUAAGGAAGCUUAAUAUAACAUACAAGUUUUCAGUUUCAACCUACCUUGUUUCUCCACUCACUCCACAAAAUAUCAAACGGCAUCUAAAUUCUACAUCGAUGUGGAAUGUACGAACACUUUAGAACGACUUCUUGAGAGCUCCUAAGUGUUUUUAACUUCGUGAGUAAGUAGGAGCCCUAAAAUGGAGUUAAUAGGCAAAAAUGUAACUUGAUAACGGCUAACUAGCUCACACUUGUAAAUAUUUCAACUACUAGACAUUGCAAUUUGUCAUAUAUAUAGCUGCUAUACAGCAUGGAAAAGUGCGAAUAUACUCCGUUGAUGGCGAGACUGACACAUCAAUUAAGUUCAAGCUACUCCUAUUUACGAUCCACUGUGUAAUUUUAAAUUUCCGGUUACCUACCUGUAUGUUACAUCAUUGUAUGACGUCAUUGUAGGUCCAAUCAGCAAGGGGUUCAUCCGCUCCGCAGUCAAAGAGUGGAGUAGUAAAACGUGCCUUAGAUUCAGGCCCAAAACUGAAGCUGAUAACGAUUACGUAGAGUUUGUCUACGAGGGAGGGUACGUAUUGUCUAAAAUAUCUUCGGUUUAGAGGGGCAGUACCAAAAGAAAAAAAGUACCUACAUAUGUUGCGACUGGUGUAGUAAUUAAAAUAAUCAGCUUGAUAAGACACACAAUUGUCAUUGCAAUCUUUAAGUGUUUUUUACCCAUCAUCAUCAUGAUAAUGAUCGUCAUUUAUAUUUACACACGGUAAUUUUGAUAUGCGGAAUCAUAAGUGUUCAUAAGUAUCUUUUACCAGUUGAAGGCUCCAAUUCCAAAUAGCAGGAGCUGCUCGAGAAAAGGUGCGUAAAAACCGUUCAGGGAUUGGGGAGAAACGCGAAAGUAACGUCUUUGUUUGUCCUAUGAUUGGUCAAUUUUGACAGGUUACGUCAACACUUACAUCAAUCACUUAUCUUUGUGCGCGCAGAGUCAAAAAAACAUGGCGAGCGUUUGAAACCCUCCUACACCGCACCUGAUUUCGACGUUUGACAUUUUGAAAAUUUGACAUUGAGAAACGGUUUUCUGAAAGUAUCUAAGAUAGGUACAGGCUCUCCCCCCGUCUUUGCCCACCGUUUUUCGCUCGUCUGCACUACUGACCGAGAGCCUGGCACAGGCUAGACUUCAUUGGUUGCUUAGUGUUAGCUUUAUAGCUGGAGAGCCAGGACUCCAGCGACAUGAAUUUUGACGUCUCUGCAACUUAUCCGUUUUUGAUGUUCUGCCACAGUACGUUAUCCUUUACAAUGCAACUACAAUCUAUAUAGUGGAAGUGCUAUUGAAACAUGCUGACUUCUUAUUCUCUAAAACUAAUGGCUUCAUUGUUAUAGUUCCUUGAUUUUUUUAUUUUAAAACAGUUUUAGUUAGUCUCAAAAGCGUUUGCGAUCGUUGCAAGAAGAAAUUUUCCGGCCGUCACUGACUUCUUACUUUUCUUUUCAGAUGUUCUUCAUAUGUGGGACGUAUUGGUGGCAGGCAAACAAUUUCUGUAGGAAGUUCUGAUUCCAGCGUUGUUUGCAGGCACGGUAACAUUGUGCAUGAAAUUGCGCACUCUUUGGGAUUUUUUCAUGAGCACAGUAGAACUGACCGUGAUGAUUUUGUAAAAAUUCUAUGGGACAACAUUGAAAGCGGUAAGUCGUAAAAAGUUCUCUGCAUAUAUACAUUUUUUGAAGUCUGACAGGAAGCGCAAGCAAGCGCUUUUCAAUGUAUAAGAUUAUUGCCAAUGGUCUUUUUUCCUAUAAAGUUAAGCUUUUUUAUGUAUUAAUUAAUAUUAAUCAGUUCAGUUUGAGCUUAUUUUCUUGAUUUUUUGCCGUAGACGACCACCUCCCGUAAGCGACUACUUUGUCGUACACCAAAGAUGGUCGCUUACGAGAGAGAGUCAGAUUGUAUUAAAAUGGCAAAUUUCUACCAGCAGGCUCUUAAACAUCUCGGCUGUUACACGUGGAUUUUUACUUUAUUCGUGAUAUAUUCAGCAUAUCACAAAGCUCAACGUAAUCUCGUCCUUAGGGAUUCUCGGUUGCCAUCCUUUUUUGUGCCUAUAGCCUAUAAUAUUGACGUCAUUCUAUCCCCGACAUCGUAAACUUCUUUCACGUUUUUGUUCUGAAGUUAAGGUUAUGAAGAAUUAGCCGGAGGAUUUAGGCCAAUCAGAGACGGAGAUAUAUUUUGACUGAGUAGAAAUCUAAUUUUGAUUGAGUAAAUACAGCUAUUUCGAGAAAGGUUGUCGGAAAAAGUUCACGCGACAACCCCGAAAGGUAUUAUGGGUGGUUUUGAGUUCACUGUUCUUCAAAGAAAUUUGAGAAUGGUACGAGAGGCCAUGGACAUAUGUCUGUGAGUGAUAAAGAACAGUAACAAAAGAAGACAGCUGCAGUGUCAGGGACACUGUAUUGACCAUAUCCCAUAUUACCUUUCGGGUUUGUUGGUUGCACAAUUUUUCCGACAACUUUCUCGAAAUAGCUGUAUAACAAUAUAAUAUUGAAAGUCUUAAAAGAGAGCAAGAAAAGAUAUUGGCAUACUAAAAGAACUCCCACGUUAUAAAUCAACAUUAAAGGUCCUGUUUGAUUUAGUAGUUGAAUGGUGUUUUGUUUUCAGGAUACGAUAAAAAUUUUAGGAAAGAAAGUGCUCUGACUGUGCACAGUCUCGGUGUUCCUUAUGAUUAUGGUUCUGUGAUGCAUUAUGGAGAAUUUUUCUUCACGAAAGAUCAAGGAUUGAGAACAAUACAGCCCUUGCAAUCGGGUGCAUCUAUUGGCCAAAGAAUUGGUUUAAGUAAAUUGGACGCUCUGCAAGGAAAUUUACUGUACAACUGCACAGGUAGAUGUAUGUUGCCUUUACUUUAGAACUUAGUUAUCUAGGAAUCGGUUUACUCGAACUAAACUUUUUUUCCCUUUAGCUGGAUAUUCAGUCAAUUUUAUUCGUCCAGUUUGAAUCAUGUUGAAGUUUCGCUAAGUCGAAGGAUUUUCUGUUUCACUCGGGCGUUCGUGUUACAGUGGUUUCUAAUAUACAGUUUAAGUUUCCUCAGUAAACAGAUUUUGUUCAUCGACGAUUGGGGUAUGGAGAGAAGGCCAGGCUUUGCGCACACCUCAGUUUUUUUUUUGGAUUGUCCGUACGCCUCUGGAGGAAUAGCCUGGGAAGACAGCCGAAGUUUCGCGACGUCACCGCUGAUUUCCCCGCCAAACGGCGGGCAGAAAUUCCAAUACUGCUGACGUGUCACUAUACCCAGAUCUGGGUAGUGCUUCUGGUUGGUAGAAAAUUUACUUCAUCCGUUUAUUUGUCAAACGUCAUUUCGCGGGGAAACCACCGGUGGCGUCGCAAAAUUUCGGCUGUUUUCUCAAGCUACUAGAAAACCUGUUUUAGGUUAUUGCAAAAAGGCAGUGAAGAGGCCAUAUGGCGUAGUUUGAGGCAACUGAUCAUUUCAGCUGUUAUACCAAAUAUCCGUUGAAUGAACUAAGACUAUCGAAAUAACCACUGACUCCAGCAGAAUAGCAUAUUUAAUGGAUUAGGGAUAUGGCCAAUGGCAAAUUAAACAAGGCCAUGUCGCGACGAUAAAGCUGUUUAGGUCAAACUACUGAUUAAACCAAUACACAAAAUGCUCCUGUGAACAUCUAGAUAUAAGGAAGAUAGCGAACAAAUUUCAUUAGGGAUCACUAACUACAGCCAUUUUCAGUUUGGUGAUUAAUUCUUGCAGGCAUAGCAUUAGUACUAAAACUUGAUAAUGUUGGCCCAACUUUUCCAAGAUUCAGUCCAUGAGCAUCCAUGCCAUCCGUGGCAACAGACGACAGGGAACAGUUUCAAUAUCUAAAGAAACAGCUGAAUAAACUUCAAUAUAGUCCCAAAUAACAAACUGAACUAUUAUCUUUGGAAUUCAAUUGAUGCAAAGACUCGUUUUAGCUUCUUAAAACGAUAGCAAAUAGCGCGACGAUGCCCCUUUAAACGGUUUAUAUUCGGGUGAACAUCGCAGCCCACCUUUCACGGGUACUUUCAACUUCAUUUCAAUUUGCAUGCAUAUAAAGGUGAUCAAGUACUCUAGGGAAUUAUUUUUGUUCUUUAUGUGGUAAUAAAUUUGCGAGAGUCAACAAUUGUGUACGUCAUGGCCAAUCCUAAUAUUUGUCAAAUGUGUGUAGGGCCAGCAGGUUUCUAUAAUAAAACAACUCGACUGAAUGGGGGAUCGUCAGACCAGGGAUUGUGGAAGGGCAGACCAUUCCGCGAGAAUGGAGUUAAGGUGCUUAGAAAAAGCAAGGUGCAAGAACAUAAACACACACACCAAAAGGAUAAACAUCUUCAACCUAAAGGGAAACAAGGUUCCUCCUCCAAAAAGGACAGCUUAGUUCAUAAAACUAAAAGGAAAGGUAGCCUCUUACAUACUAUCGUAAAGGGAACAAAGAAAACGAAAAAAUUCACCUCAUCAGUAAAAUUUGAACCAAGUGACGCAAAGAUUAAACAAGAGCAGGCUAAAUCAAGAUCAGAGUUAUUAACAGAAAAACAGAUACAACCUGAGUUAAAGAAAGUAUACAGUGGAGAUGAUGCUGACAUAUUGGAAGGAGAUGACGAGGAAGACGAUGAUGUUUUCUACUCAAGAGGUACGUUCCUGCUGCCCAAAACAAAGACUGUCGCAUUGUUUCAUUUAUUUAUUAGAUAUUUAUUUAUUUAUUUAUACAGGAACAUCUGGUUAUGUUUAGCAUUAGAAUAGAGCUAUUUUAAAAAGAGUUCUGUAAAAAAUUAAAAAAAAGAUACAGAGAUACAAGGAAAAUCAACAGAACGUAGCACACUAACAAAACACAGGAAUUCACGACAGAGAUCGGACAGACUGGCCCUUUGAGCGCCGUUUCGCCAAGGACUUGAACGUGCAUAGUGAAGUCCGUUGCAGAUCUAAUAUUACUCGCAAAUUCCGUGUCCGCGUCUUUUGCGAAGCAGUCAUCGGUAACCCUAAAGCUAUUUAAAUGAUGAUAACCUAAUUAAAAGUGCUAAGAACGAAAAACAGCUUAUUAUUUGAACUGAUCUUGUAGGAGUAAGUUCGCCUGCUGUUGCCCCAGAAACGCCGAAUCAGCUGGCCACUGACAGAGCAACACUGGCUCAAGAAGAAGAGGAUGCUGUGCAACAACAAGACAAUGACGACAUCGGUAAGCAUCCAUAAUCAACGUAACGUCUGCUAUAUUCUGCAAAAUUCACAAAGCCAUCUAGAUGUUGCUAACUUCAUAUACUUAGUUUUUUUAACAGUUCCGAAAAUGUUUUUAUUUAUUUUUUUUAAAUCAGGCCUCCUAUUUAACAAUGAUCUUCAAAGUUCAGUCGAGUUUAAAGUUUCUCAGUAUAACAUGAUUUUAGAACCGUAACUACAAGCGAAUGAUACGAUGGUCGUGCAUGUAUCUCGGCGUUUACUGAUUGUUCCUAAAUUUUGAUGUUACUUAGACAAAGCUAAUUAAACUAAAUAAAUAGAUAUUAUAAUUAAUAAAACUAAUUAAUUGAUUCAAAAAAUCGAGACUGGAACAAAAUUAAUUAAAGAUAAGUUUUAUCGAAGUAAUCUAGAAAAAGUAAAAAAAAUAAAGACAGCAACAACGACAACAAAACUGCAUUUUUGUGUUUAUUAGGUGAGGAGAACUUAGGCAAAAACUUCUUCGAGGGAGACAUGAUACUUACACCAGAACAAGAGUCUUUCUUGGAUAACAUAAAAAACAAGGUUGACACACAAGAGGGUGCUAAACGGGCGCUUAUUAAGGACAAGAUGUACCUUUGGCCAAAAGCCAAAGUUUACUAUGAUUUUCACAAAGGAGUAGGUUAGUAGAUAAAUUGAUAUUUUGUCAAAUUACCGGUCAGGAACAUAUCAACGGGAAAUAAGCCAGAUGAACUGGGACUCAGCCACUUUUAACCUGUUCCUUAAUUUACUGAGAGACUUCUACAACUCGACCUCAACCUCUACUUCGACUUCAUCUAAAUUUAACAAAACAACUUUUGGCGACCUGAAUAGCUUAACACUUAAUUGUUUGAAUUGUUUGGAUACCUGACCUUAUGAGCCUUUGCUAAAGCAAGCCCACAACACACUUCAGAUAUCGGUUGGCAAGAGAGGAUGAGCCAACAAUAAGUACUACAGAAUUGAACCAAGAAAAUACUAAGGAUAAAAAACUGCGUGGUAGGACUAUAGACUUCACCCAAACACUCAGGAGUCUUAGUUUAGGUGAAAGCCCAAGGUCAGCUUUAACCUCAAGCAUGCCUAGUUCGAUCUGUACUCGAGUUAAACAAUUACAUAGAAUAGACGACAAUAAUCGAAAAAACAAGGAGCUACCGGUGUGGACUAAACCUUGAACAACCUUGGAAUGUAACCUGGAACUUAAAACGUAACACCAGUAAAACGGCCGACAAGAUGUGUCAAAUAGGCCUUAUAAAGAAAAACCCUCUCAGUGUUACAAGAGUUUUAAAAGUUAGAUAUAAAGAACGUAUGUAGUUAUAGACUGUCUAUUUCUAAAAGACGUUGUAGUAUACUAAUUUCAUCAUAUCUUCAGAUUAAGUAGUGAAAUUCUGAUUUCUCUUUUUUUGUUUUUCAGUUUUAAACAAAAUGGGUCGGUCGGUCGGGCUAGGAAACGAAACAAUUAAUGCCCUGCAUUACUAUUACUCAAUUUGUUUUGAAAUGAAGGGUAGAUUUCAGUUAAGCAAGCAUUGAGAAAUCUGAAGGAUCAGAUACACUACUUUAUACCUAAUGCCGAGGUAUAUGGGUUUGAGAAUGAUACCUUAUUUUAUGCUCUUUUUUUUUCUCUCUCUGCCUCUGUCUCUCUUCAAUCACUUAAGAUAGGAUAGGCAGACGAAGAGCACGUGCUGCUAUGCGCCAUUGGCAGAAACACACUUGCCUCAAGUUUAAGCGCGUCAGGAAUUCCCCUGAUAACUUCGGAUACAUCAAAUUUGUCUUCGAGGGAGGGUAAGUAAUCCAGUUUGUGAUCAUAACAAACCAGUGACAGCUAAAUAAAUCUAAUAGAACCUAGAAUUGCUGUCAGCGUUGGUGAUUCCCAUUUCACAAUCCCAACAGUGACAGUGCGAGUUAAAGAAAUCCCCCUUAUGAUUUUCGCCGGCUGGUUAGCUCAUAACAGUUGGCGUAGUGCCGGUCUGCUGCGGGAGGUCAAACCCUGGCCGAAGCAACACUCAGGGUCUUUAAGGUGUUUCGAUACAGUUUCUCAGAGGCCAUACCGAUAUUUUUCAAUCGCCUUAAAAGUAGUUUUUACCUUGUCCGAUCGCUAUAAAAUUUUCACCAGUAAUUGGCUAUGGAUUGAAAUUUGUGAAAAUGUAGUUUUAAGUAAAAUCGAUAUUACUAUGACAACAGUAAACAAAAAACUUUGAAAUUGAUAAAAGCCGAAUUUUGUGUGAUCUAGACCUGCUGCUGAAAGUCCAACACUAGGAACUUAAAGUUUGGUGUUUAGCAAACAAUCUCCGUAAGAAGUAAAAAAUUCUGUAUGUUUGAAUUCGAAUAAAACGAAAAUAUAUUUCAAACCUUAAAUUUUCAAUAGCCGUGAUAGGUUAUGUAAUAAAAACGUUAUAAAUGACUCAAAUUAUUCUUACGUAGCGUACGAAUGAUGCUUAAUAUCAUGUUUUGAUACUAGGAAAUUUUGGUGUACUUUCGUUCAUGCGAUCUUGAAAACUAACCCAUUUUCUCACCAUCUGUAUAAGUGCAACUUCAUUCAGAAUUUGGACUUUUAGCGCUUUCUUGUAUAUCUCCGAAACGACUCGAACGAAUUUUUUUCAAAUCUAUUCACAUAAUCUUCAUAAUGUAUAUAAAGAUGUCCGAAAGUCUCAUUAAGAUUGAUUCACUGCAACACCUUGAAAUUUCAAGACAAACCUGUCCUACCAACCGGUCAAAAAUCUGCGUUACAACAUUCACUGUUUUGACGUUAUGCUAAUUUUUCCAGAAUAAUGCGCACUAUACAUACCUCCAUGACUAGUACAUCUUAGUUUGAAUUUAUCGCAUCUUUUGAAUGUAAAAUAUUGGCAAUACUCACACUGAAAUGUACUAGUCAUGGAUAUAUGUAUUGUCCGCAUUAAUUUGGAAAAAUUACCAUAACGUCAAAACAGUGAAUGUUGGAGCGCAGAUUUUUGACCGGUUCGUCGGAUAGGUUUGUCUUGAAAUUUCAAGGUGUUACAGUGAAUCAAUCUUAAUGAAAGUUUCGGACAUUUUUAUAUACAUUAUGAAGAUUAUGUGAAGAGAUUUUGAAAAAAUUCGUUCGAGUCGUUUCGGAGAUAUACAAGAAAGCGCUAAAAGUCCAAAUUCUGAAUGAAGUUGCACUUAUACAGAUGGUGAGAAAACAGGUUAGAUUUCAAUAUCGCAUGAACGAAAGUACACCAAAAUUUCCUAGCAUCAAAACAUGAUAUUAAGCAUCAUUCUUACGCUACUUAAGAAUAAUUUGAGUCAUUUAUAACGUUUUUAUUACAUAACCUAUCACGGCUAUUGAAAAUUUAAGGUUUGAAAUAUAUUUUCGUUUUAUUCGAAUUCAAACAUACAGAAUUUUUUACUUCUUACGGAGAUUGUUUGCUAAACACCAAACUUUAAGUUCCUAGUGUUGGAUUUUCAGUAGCAGGUCUAGAUCACACAAAAUUCGGCUUUUAUCAAUUUCAAAGUUUUUUGUUUAUUGUUGUCAUAGUAAUAUCGAUUUUACUUAAAACUACAUUUUCACAAAUUUCAAUCCAUAGCCAAUUACUGGUGAAAAUUUUAUAGCGAUCGGACAAGGAAAAAACUACUUUUAAGGCGAUUGAAAAAUAUCGGUAUGGCCUUUGAAAAACUGUAUCGAAACACCUUAAGAGAAUAACUGAGAAGAAAGUGCUGCCUUUGUAAUGACAUCUGCAAACUUUUACUUUUUUCAUAAUUACUACCUAGUACAUGUAAGUCGUUUCAUCGAAAGGCUCCGAUAAAAUAAGAUAGCGAUAGUAUGUAGGUUUGAUAAAAUUCAAGUUUUCCGUUCUUGUUUUCUUUUUUUCAGCUGCGCCUCUCGUGUUGGUCGCGGGGGAGAUAAAGAGCAGAAAUUGACGAUUGGUAGCCCGGCCUUAAGGUGUAAAGUGGGAAAUAUCAUCCACGAACUUGGCCACGCUAUUGGCUUCUUUCAUGAACACAGUCGACCCGAUAGGAACACUUAUGUUAGAGUUCUUAAAAAGAAUAUCCUCCCCGGUAAGUUAGUGAUGAGCAUAAGUUUGGUCUUCUUUAGCAAGCUUAGUUAAAUAAGUCAACAAGGUACGAUUGCUGGCGAUGCCUGGUCAUUGCUUAUAUUUACAGUUAUAAACAAAUAUGUUGCCGAGCCUUCUAUUCAGCGGGACAACAUUGACUAGGGAAGAGGGGAGGAAAAAUCUCAUUAUUUAUGUUUUUCUUACGCUAUCUUGUAGAAAGUGAGAAAAAAGGGUCGAGGAUGUGUUUUCAAUCUCAAAUAAUUUUGUCGCCAAAUAUAGGAAUGUUAUCACUUUCUCACUGACCUGGUUGAGCUAAGACUGAUCCUUUACUUAUCAAAAUGAGAUUGUAAAACAUCAGGUUCACUUUUUACUAAUGUUUGGAUACAUCGACAGACUGUAUUACAAGCGACUGAGUUGUGGCGUUUUCUCUGUCAGUCACUGUAAAUUUCUGAGACUCUUGUUCGUUUAAUUAGGCCCCUAAGCAAAUUGAAGGGGGAUUUGUAAAGACAAAACCGCGCUGGCAAUUGAUAACCAAGUCUUUGCAGCAAUUUUCAGGCGACUUAAGCAAUACACUAAGAUCUGAGGGAAUUUUUGAAUAAGGGCACCGCUGCUUUCAUUUACCAGAGGUUUUUAUAAAAAACAACAAUACUGAUUGAUCUAGCUCAGAAAAUUUUCUUCACUACAAUGGCGUUAAUAAAUAUUACCGAAAUUUGAUAUUUGAUUAUUCAACAGGUUACGAAAGAAACUUUUAUAGGUUUGGUAGGAAGUGGAUCGACUCAAAGGACGUUCCAUAUGAUUAUGGCUCUAUUAUGCAUUACAACAGAGCUUUCUUCUCUCGCUUCCCUGUAAUGCUGGACACAAUAAUCCCUCUGAAAAGAAAUGCGGAAAUCGGUCAGCGGAAAGCCCUCAGCAGGUUUGAUAUCCUGCAAGCUAACCUACUAUACCAGUGUGACGGUAAGAAUUCGGUAUCUUGAGUAUAGCCAUCGCCUGUAGUUUAGAGACCGGCUUUAGAUUCUAAGACGUCGAGGAGGAGAUUUUUAAAUACUAAGUAGUGCACACGCGUGAACAGCGUCAUUUUGGCAGUGAAACGCCAUUUACUACUAGUUUUAAGGUGAUGUUAUAUACAUGCGGACGAUUCGCAACGACGAUUUUCAGCGCAAAACUGCGUAGCAAUGCUGGGACAAUGUUGCAGCCAGUCGAAACAAUGUCGCAACAAUGUUGUAAUGCUGCUUUGCGCUAAAAAUCGUCGUUGCGAAUCGUCCCGUGUAACAUCACGUUUAGCAAGAAUGUCGGAAAGGUUAUCAAAUAUUAGAAGAGCUAUGCAUUUGGCCUAAAAUAAACCGUGCUAACUCUCCUGGUAACAAAAAGUACAGUUGACUCCCGAUAACUCGAACCCUCGCUAACUCGAAUCUCGCGCUAACUCGAAUCAACUCGAUUUCCCCAUUCCUUCAUACAUUUACCAUAAUUUUACACCCGGUAACUCGAACCCGCGAUAACUGCAUGGAACCUCCCGCUAACUCGAAGUAAUUUUAGUUUCCCCUCUGAUCACGUCUAUAUAAUCAUGCCCUUGAUAACUCCAACUAUGUUUUGAGUGCUUAAAAAGUCGGGAAAAAACAGUGUACUGGCGUCCGAAACAUUGAAUUUGGAAUUUCCCAUUUACGUGUGUGGUAGGCAUAAUUAUAGUUUACUCGUGGAGACUGACUACUGUUUGUUACAACAGUACAGCAGAAAAAUAAGACUCAGUUUUUGUCAAGCAACCACUGCAUGUUUACAGUUAUUCCUUUCAGGUAGAAAAAAGCUUUCAGACGAAGAAAUCCAAGAGCUUAAAGAAGAAAGUGAGAGCGAUAUCAAUGAUCAAGCUUCUGAAGGUGCGUUAUGUAAUCUUUUUAAGUUUCAAAGAAUCUUAGAACCGAAUGCUAUUACAGUACUUGUUUACUUAUGAAACAUAUGAAGAGUUAAUUAAUUACUGCAAUUAUUACUGCAUUAUAUUCCAAAGUUUGAGGAGAGGGGACUGAAAGAAGCUAAGUAUUCCAUAGAGGAAUCUCUGCAAGAAGCAAGGAAGAAAAAUAACUUACAGGCCAAGUUCUAGAGAUGGAAUCUCACAUACAGAAUGGACGGGGGAUUCUCGUGGUCUUGCAUAGGGGUUUAAAUUAAUUGUACAUUUUGGCCUCACUUAGAAUAUCCAUACACAUAUCGUUUAGGGUUGUGCGUGAGGAAACAUCCUCAAGCCUGAUAAAAUCGCUAUGGCAAGAAUGUUUGUUUGCCUGUCUUAGUAACAUGUCUUUUAGGGGUAAAACAAACCCAGACCCUCGUGAACCACACCCAGACUGGUCACCCCUUGAGGGGUUUAAUUGUUAUUUUCCGACGAACACCCCCGGAGGGGAUACUUCCUUAUAAGAGGCUAAUAGGGAUGUGCUGCUGGAUGGGGUCGCAUUUUCACGACUGGAUUGACUAUAAUAGGGUCGCUUUUUCAAUAGAGUUACUAGAAUGGGGUCGCACAUUUUCGGAUCUUUGGGGGUAAGACAGUUCUUCAUAUUUACGGUCAGCAAGCCUACCAGAAUGUUUGUACUCUAGGUGAAAAGUAACGUGUUCUUCAUUCAAUUUUAAAAGGGGGUCAAUUCAUUAAAAUAGAAGGUGACUAAGUUGAAAUCGCGAAAAUAACAUAUUUGACCAAAAGUGGGUAAGAUGGGGUCUAUAAUUAGCCACAGAACAGACUAUAAUGGGGUAGGGGCACUGCUGAGAGGCCAGUGGCACAUACCCAGCGAAAAUUAAAGUAAGUACCCCCACCCUCCCCCCGGGCGAACACCCCUGUACCAUUUGUAUGAGACAGAUGCUGACUAUACUCAUUGCUCUUAGUUCAAUACUCUAGACUACAUAAGUAAGAAAGAACUUACAAUGACUUGUGCUUUUUUCCACUCUUCCACCAGUCUUCUGUGCUGAUGUGUAUGAUAGCGAUUCAUGCAAUUCAAUAAAGAAUCUGGGAUAUUGUCAAAAGUUUCCAAACAGCAUGAGGACAACGUGCGGGAUCACGUGCAACUUAUGCGGUAAUCACCUAACCUAA